UAUGGAUGUGUGCUCAUUUCAGAAACACAUGCACUAUGGUGGUCUCACAUUAGACAGUCGAGAGCAAGUAGAUGGACAAGUGGUGAUUGACUUCGAAAGGGCCUUGGAGACGAAGGACCGGGAUCAGGGUCGGGCAGCCAGGGGCUACGGCAGCGAAGAUGAAUCGGAUGAAGAGGAAAAUCUGGCAUGGCGCCCUAAAAUUGACAGUCUGCUUGGAGUCGAUCUUGAGCACCAGGAGAGCUCAACCUGCUACGAAUUUUGCUGCAGGCAGCAACAAGUGUUGACCGACCAGUGGGCAGAGGUCAAGCGCACCGAGGACUACCGCAACAGCCUCGUGCCCGAGGAGCGCUGGCGGGAGCCCUCGCUUGCCAUCGAACCACGGGCCAAAAGCUCCCUGUCACUCGGACGGGCUCUGGGAGAGGAGGAUUACGUUAUUAUGAGCUACCGCGUGUUUGGAUUCAUUCUGCGCAACCGCAAAUGGGCUAAGCUGGAUCUCACGCAUCUCACUUAUAUUCGACGACCUCGGGGAGAAGCUCAGGUUGGGGAGCAGCCUCAAGAGAUGGCCUUUAAUCAGCUGGUGCUUGAUCCAGGGCACAAGAAAAUGCUAUUGUCGCUGGUAGCGCAGCAUUACCGAGACAAAGAGUCUCCGACCGCUGGGAAUGAGCAAGUGGACAUCGUUCGGGGAAAAGGCAAGGGCUUGAUAAUUCUCCUCCAUGGUGCCCCUGGAGUGGGGAAAACCACUACGGCAGAGGGUGUUGCGGAAUUAUUCGAGAAGCCGUUGUUUCAGAUCACCUGUGGCGACCUAGGGAGCACUGCCGAACACGUCGAGCGCGCACUGGAGACCAAUUUUGCCUUGGCCAAUCGAUGGGGCUGUAUUCUGCUGCUGGAUGAGGCAGACGUCUUUCUGGCCAAGCGAUCUCCUCAAGACUUUAUCAGGAAUGGGUUGGUUUCGGUCUUCCUCCGGGUACUCGAAUACUAUGCGGGGAUUCUUUUCCUUACCACAAACCGCAUCGGAGACUUCGACGAGGCGUUCAGUUCUCGCAUUCACAUCAGCCUGCACUAUCCGCAGCUGACCCUUGAUGCUACCACGGAGAUUUUUGAGCUCAAUAUCCGGCUGAUUAGGGACCGGCUUCGACGGAAAAAACGGCUGUUUGACAUUGAUGAGAACGAGAUUCUGGAUUAUGCUAAGAAGUACUGGACCAAGCAUAAAAGGAUGCGAUGGAACGGCCGGCAGAUUCGAAACGCCUGCCAGACAGCUUUGGCCCUGGCUGAGUUUGAUGCUGGAGGCGGAGACCACGAAAAGAUCCUCGAUCCAAACGCUGAGAUCAAGUUGUCCGUCAGUCAUCUCAAAACAGUAGCCCGCGCCUAUCGGGAGUUUAUGUGGUAUUUGAACAAACUGUACAAAACAGACCAGAAUCGCCUGGCUCACAGAAAGGGACUCCGAGCCCCAGAGCUGAAUGGGAAGGAGAUAUACACCUCGGACGAAGAAAUUGGCCCGGGUGAGAGCGAUGAAACCGAUGCAGGAGAAUCCCAUCUUUCAUCCCACAAUCCGGGCAAGCAGCAUCAGUCGGCCCCUAAGCUGACUCCAGCUGCCACAUCGGUCUCGAGCCCCCAGAUGGGAGCUACUAACCUGCCGCAAGCAUACCCAGGUGGGCUUGCUGGGAACUAUCCCUCGGCGAUGGCGCAGGCCCAGGCAGGAUAUCCAUUUUUCAACGCGAUGAUGGGAUCGCCACAACAAGCGCAGCAACAGGAGCCCUUAAUUCAGCACCAGAACGCUCAAAUGAUGCAGAAUAUUAAUCCGGCGUUGUACCAACAGUUCCUCCAGCAGCAGGCCCAGAUGCAGGCGGCGGCCGGGUUUCCAGGGGCUGUGCAGGGCCAGGCAGGCUUCCUGGGAGAUGGUGGGCCUCGCAAGCAGUAAACUUAGGUUCAGCUAUGGGUCUGUUACUCGGAAGCUACCAAGUAUCGUGAAGCUCUGUGAAACGAAUAAAGUCCUUGAAUUCGGAUGAAGACCUCGAGGAUCGCCGACUCGCCAAGCCCAUUGUGGGUCACAUGUUAAGCUAACUAUGUUGGGAAGGUGUCUGUCGUUACCUUAUAGCGUGUCUCUUCUUUCAACAUCAAUCUUUAUCUUUGUCUUGGUUUGCAUUUUGAUUUGAAUUUGAGUUUCAGCUUAGGAUUCGCUGAUUUUGAAUCUUUCUCUUCAGA